GAAGCGCAGCGGCCUCUCUUCUCCGCCUCUCUCGGUCCUUCCUUCCCAGGGUUCAAUGAGCGCCGUGUGGCCCCACCCCGCGUCUCUUCAGCGCCGUCUGCCUCUUCAGUGUAGCCUACCAUUCUCGGAGGACGAGAAAGGGAGAAAAUAAUAAUAACAACCCCCGAAGACUCGCUUCUUGGGACCGUGUUUCACCUUCCUCGUCCAGCGCGCACCCCCACCUCGUCCCCCGGAGAGGAGCGGCCUUUCACGGUGGGAAUGUGCCGCUACAAGAGCCCCGCGUCCUAUUUUUUCUGAAUGUAAAUGCACAUGUAAGAGUGUCAAGCCUGUGGCGUGUUUACCCUCCUCGGAUUCAAGGGGGUGAAGAUUUGUAAAUAUCUUUUUGUGUGACAGUCUGUAGGUGUGUAAACAUUUAGAGGCCGUGUAAAAACUGAAGCCUGACAGCGGGGGUUGAUUUUUUUUAUUUUUUUUUUUUCACCUGCAAGAAACGUGGAUACAUUUCGAAGGAUUCUCGGAUCUUGGUCACGUUUUCUCUUUCUUUUCUUUAACCCACUCUUUUUCUUAAAUCGGGGUUUUCUCAUUGGGGGAUUCAUCUGGAAUCUCAGAAAAUAAACAGUAUAUCGGUGCGCAGUUUUAGAGGCUCGGUGGUGAUGUGAAGGACUGAUAACACAUUUCUGCAACAAAAGAGAGGGAGGGAGGGAGACAGCGAGAGAGAGAGAGAAGGCCCUUUGGAGGAGAAAAUACAGCAAGGAACAGCCAUCACAAAUAAGGAGGACAAAUUGGGGGUCUCGUUUCGGAGUUAGAGGUGGCAACGGAAAGACAACCGCAGCGAGUUUGGAGCUCGAUUUGAUGCGGAGAAGGAGCCGGAUGACGACGGGAGGAAGAAGAAUAUCAUACAUGUAGCUCGUUUGGGUAUACAUAUUAUUUCCCUUCCUGCUGAUCUCCUAGGUGGGUACCCGACCAAAGACAGCCAUCGGGGAGCGAGAAAAAUCCACAAACAAACAGUGCAAGUCUACACCUUUGGACAUGUUUCUCGUCAAAGACGACGCGGAGACGAGCAGCGCCUCAGCCCGGCCGAGCCUUUCGGACGCGCCGAGUUCAGCUCCUUGUCACGGGCAGCAGUGAGACGCAAGACCCCGGCUUUCGGAGAUGCAAAUUAGGCUCUUUUCGCUGCCUCCUUUCGAGGUGAAAUCUCGCUUUUUGAUGUCGUAACGGACGCUGUGGAUUAUAAUUACCUACCAAUUUGUCGAGGAGGGGAGUUAAUAAGAAGAAAAACAAACACUAAAGUGAAUGCAAGGAGGGGGAAUAAAAAGGAGGAUUGAAAGCUAACUGAGAAGGCGGCCUCCGUGUCGUCAGCAGCAGUAUCCUGCCCUUUUUCUGACAGCAAAAUACGCUUUAUGCAGACAUUACCUAUUCAGAAUUAAACUACGGACAGUUUUCCAAACUAUAGCUGUGUAAAUGUGUGUUACAUUGUUGCCAAAUCCGAGGGUCAAGCGAGGGACCUAGACAAUUUUUACUUAUUUAUUUUCGUUUCUACAUACUCUCCCUCCCUCCACUUCUACUUCUUCCACUCCUCUUCCUCCUCCCCUAGACCCCCAUUUUUUUCUUUUUUUUUUCUUGCGGGAAGAUGGGUUGUUUGGGCAACAGUAAGACCGAAGACCAGAGAAAUGAGGAGAAGGCACAAAGAGAAGCAAACAAAAAGAUUGAGAAGCAGCUCCAAAAGGACAAACAGAUCUACAGAGCAACGCACAGACUACUACUUUUAGGGGCUGGUGAGUCAGGAAAGAGCACCAUCGUGAAACAGAUGAGGAUCCUGCAUGUCAACGGCUUCAAUGCAGAAGAAAAGAAGCAGAAAAUUCAGGACAUCAAGAACAACAUUAAGGAGGCUAUUGAGACCAUAGUAACAGCCAUGAGCACACUGACGCCACCAGUGCAGCUGGCCUGUCCAGAGAACCAGCACAGGAUCGAAUAUGUUCUCAACCUCGUCAACCAGAAAGACUUUGACUUUCCAUCGGAGUUUUACGAUCACGCAAAGACGUUGUGGCAGGAUGACGGCGUCCGGGCGUGCUUUGAGAGAUCCAACGAGUAUCAGCUAAUCGACUGCGCACAAUACUUUCUAGACAAGAUCGACAUUGUGAAACAGAACGACUACACUCCAACAGAUCAGGAUUUGCUUCGAUGCAGAGUUUUGACUUCUGGGAUCUUCGAAACAAGAUUUCAAGUCGACAAAGUCAAUUUCCAUAUGUUCGAUGUUGGAGGUCAGAGAGACGAGCGCAGGAAAUGGAUUCAGUGCUUUAAUGAUGUGACGGCCAUCAUCUUUGUAGUGGCCAGUAGCAGUUACAACAUGGUGAUCAGAGAGGACAAUCAGACCAAUCGACUACAGGAGGCCCUCAACCUCUUCAAGAACAUCUGGAACAACAGGUGGCUGCGGACCAUUUCUGUCAUUUUGUUCCUAAAUAAACAGGACCUGCUCGCAGAGAAAGUACUCGCAGGGAAAUCUAAAAUCGAGGAAUACUUCCCUGAAUUUGCUCGCUACACUACACCUGAUGACGCGACACCAGAACCUGGAGAAGAUCCUCGUGUUACAAGAGCAAAGUACUUCAUAAGAGAUGAGUUCCUAAGGAUCAGCACAGCGAGCGCGGACGGGAGGCACUACUGCUACCCCCACUUCACCUGCGCCGUCGACACGGAAAACAUCCGUAGGGUCUUCAACGACUGUCGAGACAUCAUCCAGCGGAUGCACCUGCGGCAGUACGAGCUGUUGUGAUGGGAACGCCAAAAAACAUAGUCUCCGUUUAAAAACAGGAGAGAAAGGAAAAAAAAAAAUAAGACACUGAACACUGGGUCUCUGAACUCCCCUCUUCCACCGAUGUGUGUUAGUGCCUGCUGCAAAAAAAUGAGGCCAAAGUACACACCCAAACACACACACACACACCUGUGCAGUAAACACACCACAAACCCAGAGCUUACCCCUGAUGCAACAUCCCCAUGUGAUGUGGGAUUUGAUGAAGGGGUUUCAGGGGAUGAAAAGAGAAGUAAAAUAAAGACUCAAACCUCCAGCUUCAGCCAUAUUCCGAGCUCCUGACCUUUUUUUGUUGUUUGUUUUGGGGUUUGUUUGUUUUUUUGUGGGGGGGGUUUAAGUCAUGUAUUGUCCCCCGUCACCCUCCUGAGAGCGGCCUAGUCUGGACAGCUUAGAGAUUUUGUUACAUCUGCAUCGACAAAAACCAAGAGAGCUAAAAAAAAAAAGGAAAAAAAAAUGCCUGGAAAGAGAACUGUUGAAAUACUGCAAAUAGAGAAUAAAUGUGUCACCAAUAGAUCAGCAGAACACUGUAUCUAACGAGAUAAAUAAAAAAAUAAAAACUAAAUGGAAUUUAAAAAACAAAGAAACAAAAAAAAACAUUAAGAAAACACACACACACAAGCACUGUGCUCAGGACUUAACUUGAACCGUGUAACACCAAACCUUCCCGUCGCUCACAGACAUCUUGGGAUCCGGCGCAUCGGUCCUGCUUUCUGGACAGCAAGCCCUCAGGAAGGCGGACCCUCCGUUCUGUCCUCAAGCCGCUGGGCUCUGUCCAGGUGCCAACUCCUUCAUCCCGAGUGAGAUUUUGAGUUUUAAACGGAUCGACUAGAACAGACGCUCUGGGGGAGAGGGAAAGGAGCUGUUGACGGGACGACGCUGGGCUCCGGUCGCUGACUCUUUGGGAGCCCGACUCUGCCUCGUCGGCAGCGGAGCCAAACUAAGGAGAACAUGUUGAAUUCAAAAGCGAGAGAGGGAAAAAAGAGAAACAAAAAAAUAUUGCCAACUUUUGUGGAAUCAAAGAGGACGAGGCUGCAUCCUCCAAACAGUACAGUACCGUAUAAAUUAACAAGAACUCUCAUCCUGUUUUACUGUCUCCACAGCUGUUUUUGUCUGUGUAGACUUAGUGCCAUUGUGCCCUGUGUGCUCAUUCUUUAUCUGUUUUGCCUACUUUUCUUUUGUUUGUUUCUCACCCUCUCGUUUGCUCCUCACCUCUUCCCAUUUGCACCUUCCUCAAAGUGUUUUUGUUUUAAGUGAAAACUGAAAUGUUACAACAACCCAGAACUUUGGAAAAAGAAGACAGAACCCCCUCCCCUCCCUCCCACCCUGUUUUUUUUUUUGUUUUGUUUUUUUUGUAUUGGUGUGGUUAAACGCCUCGCCCGCCUGCCCGGCGCCUCCUUGCCAUUCCUCUCCCAUCAUUCCUCCCGCUGAUCUCCUGCUUCUUUGUACGUACGUCUUUACUUUACUGCUGAACUAUUAUUCUUGUACAGACUGUAAAAUGUAUUAUUUUGUACAACUUUAUUGAAGAAAAAAAAAAAACAAGAAUUAACUUUUAGAAGAUCCCUGUGCCUUGAUCACGACUGUACGUGUGUAAUGAGCUAAAGUGGGUGUCAUACUGCGCUGUAAAGCUUGGCCAAUCCUCCUCCUGACUCCUCACCAUCCUAGCUUUUCUCUCCCCCUCGUCUUUCUUUAAAACCGCCACUUUCUGUGUCUUCCCCGUCUUGCUCUCUCUGUCCUCGCUUUUCCUCCUCAGAGACGACAAAAAAACCAUGUGUAGCUUUUGUAGUUUUUUUUGUUGUUGUUGUUGUUGUUUUGUUUUGGGGUUUUUUGUCCCCUCCCCCUCUUUCUCUCCUCCCCACCUCCUCCCCCAGUUCUCCCGUUAUGAUUUAAAUGUCUAUUUUUGGAUCCAUAUACCCCAAAAAGAUAAAUAUAUGAAAUGUAUAUGGGUUUAAAAAAAUAAAAGUAUUUUAUUAGAAUCAAA